GCUUCGUCCCGCCGGCGUCGCGCGACCGCACGGUGCCGCGCCCGCCCGCCGGGCGCGCCGCCGCCUUGGCGCCCAGCGCCCGCGGCAAGCGGCUGCCACCCUGCGCGCGUGCGGCGCGCGGCGCUUUGCGCCCGUCGCGUGGCGCGGGCCCCCCCUGGGCAGCGCUGCGGGGCAGCCGCCGCGCCUGCCGUGGCGAAUGGUCCCGCUCGCUCUGGAUGCCGCCCUCCGGCGCGGGCCCGCGCCGGCGUAGCUUCGCCCAGGAGCAGGCCGCGCCGCUGCAGGCGGACGGCGAGGCUGCGGUUGAGGCCGCGGCGGAGGCCUCGGCCGGGCAGCUGGCG